AUGACUCGCAAAAAUGUUCUGCAUGGCGUCUUCCUUCGCCCAUCACGUCGGGUACGAGUUUUCGCUUUUCUGUUCUUCUUUGUCGCAGCAACAUGGACCUUUACAAUCAAAUCACGUUCAACUUGCUCCGUUGAAGAGGAUAUCGCGAGGGACUAUCCAUUAAUCUAUAGGCAUGUCCAUUCGUUUAACGGCACGGGAGGUGCAUGGCAUAUCCCUCCAUAUUGGGCUGAUAUGCACAGUAAACAACCGCACAACAUCCUUGAUGCUGCUCGUAUAGCCUCCAAGGCCGCCUUAUCAAAAAGAGAGAGACAAAUGCCAUUCUCCAAUAUUCCAUUGCUCGUCCACCAAACUUGGAAAAAGACGGCGGCCGAUAGCUGGAAUCCCAGGAUACUGCCUUGGGUUGAAUUGUGGCUCGAGGACUCAAUUUACAUUGACCGUGGACCGUCGAUGGCGUACUUAUUCUGGGAUGAUACAGGGAUGCGUGCGUUGGUGGAAGAAUUCGAGAACGACUUCCUUGAGCGCUAUGACACACUCCUAACCCCAGUUGAGCGAAGUGAUGUUUUUCGCAUUUUGGUAUGCAAACACUUUGGUGGAAUAUAUGGGGAUCUCGAUACUGAGCUCAUACAACAUCCUGCUACCUGGAUAAGCGGAUCAGAUAUGGCUACCUGGACAGACCCGAAAACAGGAAAGGCUCAUGGCUAUUAUAACACUUCGGUAACGCCAGACUAUGAAACGCCAGUAGUUAGCCUUCUUUGGGGCUUAGAAGCCGAUAAUGACCCGGAGUCCGAUGCAUACUGGCGCCAAAGCUAUACGUAUCCUCAACAACUAUCACAAUGGGCUUUCGCCGCUGCCCCUCAACACCCGGUAUUUGAACGAUAUAUGGAUAAUCUACGCAAUUAUACCAAAGACAACGAACCAACGGCUCAGAAUAGUGACCCACUUAAGCGAACUGGCCCUGCAGCUGUUACUCUUGCCACAAAGUCCUGGCUGGAGGACCACGUCGGCUUUCGAUGGGCCAGCUUAACAGGCCUGAAGGAUGGGGGUAAAUCCAAGUUGGUUCACGAUAUCCUUAUCCUUCCUAUAACCGGCUUUCAUCCAAGUCACGGAAGCCGUAACGGCGUUAUGGGCAGAAAACCGAUAACAGACCCCGCAGCGAGAUUAUGCCAUCACGGCACGGGAUUGUGGAAGCAUUUCAAUUUCGUAGGGGAGUAUGGAAAGAGGCAGCCAAAACUUCAACUCAACCGUGAGUACAACGGCAGAAGCAAAAUGGCCGAAGCCCUCGGUAUCGCUUCCGGCGCCGCGGGCCUCCUAAGUCUAGCGAUAGAAGUGACCAAGCUCAGCUAUACUUACAUCGCCAGCGUUCGAGGCGCGCCUAAAUCAUUAACCUCAUACAUUGGGGAGCUCGCAACGCUCACCUCUGUUCUUUUACAGCUCGACGACCUCAUCCAGGCGAGAAGGGUCAACAGCCAGAAUAGCCAGAUUCUCAGCAAGGCUUUAAACGACUGCAAACAGGAAGUGGAACACCUGAAGGCAAAGCUGGAGAGAAAAGUGUCAUAUGGCAGAAUUAAAGCCAAGGUGGCUGCUCUGGCUUGGCCAUUGUCUGAAUCGGAGUUGCAGGAUAAAGUAAACAUGCUGCAUCGCUACAAUGGCAUUUUCUCGUCUGCCUUGCAAGCCGAUAGUUUAACCGUUGCAAUCGCCACAAACAAAGAACUGCAAGACUUUAGGCACAGUACCGAAGCGAAGGAAAUAAUUGCCUGGUAUAAGUCGGAUGUCGCAAUUGAGGUUUCAACCUCUCACCUGGAAGAUUACUGUCCCUCUACGUGGCAGACAUUUCUGUCGGGCUCUUUCUAUCAAUCUUGGCGCAGUGGCUCAACGCCUGUCGUUUGGGGUUAUGGUAAACCUGGUGCUGGGAAAACAGUAUUAGCUGCACUCGUUCUCCGAGAUGUCAAGUCUGGUAAUCUACCUGGCACAGCCAUUGCCUCACACUUUUUCAGCAGCAGCAGAACCAAAGAGUCUGUGAGCAAUGUCCUCCGCAGCCUCAUCGCCCAAACACUCCGUGGCUGCCCUGUCAUCCCCCAAGAGGCAUUGGCUCUGUAUGAAAAGGGGUCCCAGAAUCUAAUGAUAACCGAUCUGAUCAAUGUCCUUGGGGCGAUUGCUAAAUCAAUGACCACCUGUAUCAUUCUUGAUGCACUUGACGAGUGUCCCUUCCUUCCUAAGCUUUUCAACAUCCUUUUAACGUUGCAGGAGCUAGGAGUCAGAAUCUUUGCAACAGCUCGCGACCUGCCAAAGAUCAGAAAGCAUUUUGAGAAGAAGCCAAGGGUGAAAAUUUCAGCCACGAGACAAGACUUGGAUUUCUACGUUAAUCACCGAUUGGAGCAUGGAGAAGUUGAUGUCGAGUCAAUUGGAACAGAAUUGAAGUCAGAUCUUGUGUCUGCGAUUGUGAAAAUGGCGGCGGGGUCGUUCCUACUUGCUCGGCUCAUCAUGGAUCACAUCACCAGCCUUCUCACUAUCAAGGACAUACGAAAAGCCUUGAUCUCGUUACCAGCUAAUUACGACGAGGCGUACCUAAGCACGUUUGACCGUAUAAUCAAGCAAACCCCUGGUCUGAAGGACCUCGCCUUGAAAUCAUUGAAUUUCAUUUCUUAUGUCAAGGAGCCUUUACGAAUAGUCGAACUGCAGCAUGCCCUCGCUACCGAGGAAGGCAUGCUGGAAAUCGAUCCUGAGGAUCUUCAAACCUCUAAAGCUAUCAUCUCAUCCUGCCUUGGACUACUUGUCGUUUCAGGACCAGAAAUGACCGUCGAGUUCGUACACUCAACUGCGCGACAGUUCCUCCAGAGACGACCAGAAGGAAUGGAUAAGCACCCACAUCUGACAAUUGUUCGCAGUUGCAUCUCGUACAUGUCAACAAAUGAGAUGCGCCAGGGCCGCUGUACAUCCCACGAAGAUAUCACACAACGUUGUCUAAAGCAGCCGUUCCUCCAUUAUGCAGCGAACUUCUAUGGCUACCAUGCUCAAGAAGUUGAAGAGGAAUGCUUCGACCAGCUUUCAGAGUUUUUACAAGACGACGUUGUUCGGGAAAGCUCUUGGCAACUUUUGAAUUUCAAAGCUCACCUCGAUACUUCUGUCUCCGAAUCUGUGUUCGACUCUAGUCCUAGAAAUGUACUCGCUUUACACGUUGCCGCAUUCUGGGGUUUCAAGACAUAUAUUGACAAGAGCUUAAGCUACACACGGCGAGGAACUCCGAGUACUCAGAAACAGAAUCUAAAUAAGACUGACUCUCACGGAUGGACGCCUUUGCACUGGGCCGUGUCCAUGGGCCAUAAGAGUAUGGUUGAGAUUCUUCUCAGAUCGGGAGCCAGUCCUGAUCUACCGGAUCUUGCAGGAUGGACGCCAACAUUCUGGGCAGCUUUCAAGGGCCAUGCGGAUAUUAUUGAAAUGCUGUGGCGGUAUGACACAGCUCCAUUCCGCUGCGACAUCAAAGGACUCACUCCACUUCACUGGGCAGUAUCCGCGGGCCAAACUGAAAUCAUCAAGCGGCUUUUAAAACUCAAAACACGCUUUGGACAGUACCAAAAGUCGCCAGUACUCUCACUACCGUCACUGGACGAUUUGACGGUUGCAAGAGCUCGUGCCUUGGCAAACAAGGCAAAUGAGAGUCCUUUCAAGUUCUACUCAGAAGGAACAGACAUCGAAAUGUUUUCUGCCAUCUUCAACGCCCUAAAGCAUAGCUUUCGUGACAAAGAAAACAAACCUCGUGAACGUUGCGAAGGCUAUUACACAUUUGAUCCCUUCCUUUAUGGGCCCUUUGGACAAAGUCUCAAGGCUGAUCAUGGAAGAAGAGCAAGACCAGACCGCGACUACAAGUGGGGAAAGCCGGAUGUUGGAUUUUUUGAGUUUGUGGAUCAACUGCUCAUUCAUGCUACGCGAUCACAGGACUUGCCCAUCAUUAAACUCGUACUUGAUCUUAAGCUUAUAAAAGCUUCUGGGAUUGAUAAUAUUGCACUUCUUCACGAAGCGGCAGCAUCUGGUUGGGCCGAGGGCAUGUCUGCCUUGAUCGCCCUUGGGGCAGAUGUCAAUAAUGGGGAUACAAGGUAUGGGCAAACGCCUCUUCACAGAGCAUGUCAAAACCAGCGUGAAGAAGCAAUCAAACUGCUGUUGGCUAUCGACAAGAUUGAAAUCAAUGCUCAAGCCAAAAAUGGACGAACACCAAUCAUGGAUCUGAUGACCGCUUCCUACAAAGAGAAAGGAGUCGAUCUAUACAAGCUAAUGAUAGCCAGAGGAGCAUCAAUAUCCAUCAAAGACACGGAAGGCAACUCCCUCAUGCAUUUCGCUAUGCGUACAUGCAAUACUACAAUCGUCCAAAUGUUGUGUACAGCCGGGUUAAGCAUAGAAUCUCCAAACAAAAGUGGCCAAUUGCCGUUGCACUGGAUGGCUCAUUGGAAUUACUUCGAAUUCCGGAAGAGUGUCACGGCUGAUGAAGCAGAAUCCAUAAGGGAACAGCGACACGAGUGUAUGAAGCUCGUCUUUGAACUCUCGAGCCCUAGCUCCCUGGAUUCUGUGUGUGAUUGGGAAAAUGGAGCAACGCCUUCAAAGGAAACGCCUUUGUCAUUAGCUUUAUCAAGAAACAAUUGGGAUCUUGCAGCCAAGCUACUGAGGCACAUCAAGCAGCCCGGAAAUACGAGUUUCUUCGGGGAUGCCAAGACUCACACUAUACACGAGCUUUGCACCGUGUGCGAAAGACUUGCCUCAGUCUCAAUGCCCAGUAGCCAUAAUCCGACGAUCCUAUAUUAUGAGCUUCAGCCGCUUCCCCUGGAUGAUUGGACCCAUCUGCUUCAGCUUUUUCUCGAUGCCGGAGCUGAUAUCAAUGAAGUCAAUUGGAAAGGGGACACGCCCCUGCAGCUUUGCGUACAGAGAGCAGCUAGCAUACCUGUUAUUGAUACUCUGCUCAAACUAGGAGGUAAUCCCUACCAGGCAAACAGAGAUGGGCUAGAUUGCUUCCAGCUUGCACUGCUGCAUUACGACGAAGCAGGCAGUUCCGAGAUCAUGCGCUGUAUUCGAACUUACGCGAACACUCAUCCAGAGCCGGCUCAUUAUUUCUGCCAAGGAGGCUUCCUCAUUGCACCCGAUACUCCCAUAGACAAUGAGGAAACUCGCUACCUUCAGGUCCUCCGCCAGACUAAUGCCAUCAACUGUGAGACGCGGUCAGGUCGUACGCUUAUCUACGAAGCUGCUAGUCGGGGGAGCACACACUUGGUGCAAGGAUUACUGGAUCAUGAUGCUUACCCGCAUUACAUUGAUGACUUUGGUAGUUCCGCACUGCAUGCAGCGGCGAUGCAACAAGCUCCGACAACAGUGGCCGUCCUACUACAGGUUGGAGCCGAUGUCCACCAAGUUUCUUUGGCUAGAGGUACACCGUUGCAUGCAUGUCUCGAAGCUUUCAAUAACAGUACAAUAUCCAGCGAGGCAGUCGAAGUCGUCCGCAUCUUGCUGAGUUAUGGUACUGACCCCAACCAUGCGGUGGUCAGGGACGAUCGCACAGAGACGAGCCUCUCACUCCCUCUUAAGGCACUGUGCCAGUCUAUAUACUUCCCUCAUCUCGACAGAGCCACUCCUGAAGAUUCAGAUCGCCUGGUACUAGAGGUACUGAAACUACUGGUUGAUGCGGGGGCACGAGUCGCUGAUAGCGCUGAUGAUAUCAUAGUUGGUGUUGUUGCAAAGAUGGAGGGUUAUGAAUUGCUAUGGGAGGAAAUGAGAUCACAGUUAAUGACAAGCAGGUCAUAG